GACCUAACUUAGAAUUUAAUGCUCAAAGCCAAUUAGAUACACUAUCGUCCUAGAUACACACCUAUGACACCUACAAAGGUUGUUGAAGGAUCAGACGCUAAAAUUCCCAAGACAUUUGAGGAAUAUUCAAAAGAAGAAGCAGCAGCUGCUCAAUGCAAUGACAAGGCCCUAAAUGCCUUGUUUGGAGCUGUGGAUAGUUCUCAAUACAGAAUCAUUGCUAAUUGCACUAAAGCAAGGAAGGCAUGGAAGAUUCUUGAGACAACUCAUGAGGGAGAUGAAAGAGUCAAGACAGCCAAAUAUCAAAUUCUCAUGACCAGAUUUGAAAAUCUUCGAAUGGAAGACAAGGAAAGCAUCACUGAAUUUCAUGGCAGAGUGAGAUACCUGGCAAAUGAAGCAGAACGACUUGGGAGACCUUUUGAAGAAGAUAAUCUUGUUCUAAAGGUACUGCGUGCCCUACCAGAAAGCUAUUCAGUUGAUGCCAAGGCAAUACGUCAAGCUCAUGACCUGAAAAGGAUGACACUGGAUCAACUCAUGGGAAAUCUUGAAACUAUUGAGUUGGCCAUGUCAGAAGAACAAAGGAAGAAGAAGGUUGAAAAUCAAACAACAUUUCAGGUGGGCGAUCUUGACCUAGAAGAUGAGGAAUGGAUGCUAAGUACAGAGGAAAAGGCUAUUGAGCAUCAAGUUGAUAUUUCGAAACUGCAUGGAGACAGGACUGGGCUGGGUUAUCCAAAAGAUGAGUUAACCAAAACACCAUUGGACCUCUUCAUCAACCGAAAUGACACCAGGGAGAAGGCAGACAGCCUGCCAGUCAAAGCCGCACAAGCAACAGUUGCUACACCACAAAAGGGAUCAGAGCAGGAAGAAGAGGAUGUAGCACUUCAUCCAGUUACAGAUCUACCACAGGUGUUUUACCUUGAAUACCACAAACCACAAGAGGAAGUUGGCACCACUGAAGUGCAGAAGCCAGGCCCAGCACCAACCAUAAGCAAGCCCUCACCAGAUGAACCAGCACAAGAACACGAUGAGUUCAUCAAAAUUCUUGAUGAAGAACCUCUCGUUGCAGUUUCAGAAGUCCCGUUCCAAAAAGAAUCUGAAGUGAAGAAAAGCAAGAAGAAAGCAAACCACAUCUCAGUCCCUCAACACAGAUCCAAGCGAAAAAUGAAACUGGAAGAAGAUUCAAAUUCAAAGGAACCACCCCAGAAGAAGCAGCCACCACCUUCAUCUCCUAUGGGCUCUAGAACAAAAGUCACUCUAGUGUUGAAAUCAAGAAAGUCUCCUCACACUCGCUUUGUUUCUUCAAAAGCAAAGUCUUUUUUCAGUAAUGUGAACAAAAAAUUCAUUAUUGUUCAAAGGAGAAUUGAUGUGGAAGACUUUCAACUUAAGACCAAUCUGAUUCCUCUUCUUGAACAAUCCAAAUUGCUAAAAUCUUUCACCCUUCAAGGUUCAUUUGUUAAAUCAGUUAUCUGUGAAUUUUACUGCAAUUUGUCCGAGUCAUGUGCUAAUCCUACUGACCCACUGUUCCAUUAAGUGUUUUUGUGUGGCAAAACCUAUAAUAUCUCUCCAGCUCUCAUCAAUACUCUUCUCAACCUCACUCCCUGCUAAAAGGACACCCCAAUCUUAGAAAAGAACAUGUGGCUAGACCUCACAAAUGGUAAAAGGGCCUUUCAGUCUAGCAAAGCUAAAGUUUACUCCUCUAUUUUAAAAAGUUCAUAUGUUGUUCUACUGUGAGUUGCUGCCCUUCAUUGGCUUCCUACCACACAUACAAACACUGUCUCUAAGAUUAUGACCAGGCUCCUAUACAAGAUCAAGCAUAACAUUCCCUUUGACCUAGGAAAAUUAAUCUUUGAUCAGAUA